UGAAAUAUUUUAGCCACGCGAUUGCGGAGCGAUUGAUAAAAUCCCAGUGUGCGAUUAAAAAGACCAUUGAGGUUGUGCAUGCAAAGUGAAAAGAGGAUAAGAUUUUUGGUAUAAUAAUUUAGCGCCUUAAAUUCGUUGACAGUUUUUGUGUAGCGGAAACACCGGUGUGGCCAUUUUGCGGAUCGCCGCAGCGGCAGCCAUAUACAUAUACAUUUUUUUUUUGCUCCGACGUCAAGCGGAGUCAGGCCUUUGUGUCAGGGCAGGCGGCCAGUGUAACUUGGCUGGAGUAUCUUUUGAGCGAGAAAAUUGUUUUUGAUAGAUUGAGACGAGUCUAUACGAGAGAGCUACGCAACCUACGUAUCGCGCCGGAGUAAUAUGAGUAAUGCAGCCAACCAAAAUGGAUCAGGUCUAGAGCAGCAGUUUGCUGGUCUGGACUUGCAGGGCUCCCGCCAACCAAGUGGGGCUCGCUACGUACCACCGCAUCUCCGUAAUAAGUCCGGAGGAUCUGCGCCAUCAGGUGGUGAUCAGAAUUCACCAUCCGUCAAUUCAAGACAACCCAGUGACAGAGAUAGGGGAGGUGAUAGAGAUCGUGAACGUGGUAGAGGAGGAGGAGGAGGAGGAGGAGGUGGUGGUGGUGGUGGUGGUCGCGACGGCGGCUCUGGAUACAGGGAUUCUCGUGGGGGUCGUGAUAUUGACUUUGGUAACUUUGGUGGACGUAACCGCCGUAAUGAAAAUGGUAGUAGCGGUGGACGAGAGCAGCGCUACUCAAAUAAUGACAACAGGGAACCUGGUAAUGAUCGCUGGCAGGAACAGCAGCCUAGAAAUGACCGCUGGCAAGAAUCCAAAAAUGACAACAGAUCGGGUGGCACCGGCAAUAGUGGAAGAUGGAAGGAUGGCGAGAAUGGCAGCGGCGGUGGUGCAAGGGAUAGCAGAGGAGGCCGAGGUGGAAGAGGCGAAGUGGAUUGGACGAUCCCGACAUCAAGGGAUGAAAGAAUGGAGGAGGAGUUGUUUGGAACAGGAAAUACUGGGAUCAACUUCAGCAAAUACGAGGAUAUUCCCGUUGAGGCCACUGGUGACAAUAUACCUCCACACAUCACAUGCUUUGACGAGGUGCAGCUGACCGAGAUUAUAAAGAAUAGCAUCGCUUUGGCUGGUUACGAUCAACCGACUCCAGUACAGAAGUAUGCAAUUCCUAUCAUAAUUGGGCGUCGCGAUUUAAUGGCUUGCGCUCAAACCGGUUCUGGAAAAACCGCGGCCUUCUUAGUGCCAAUUCUUAAUCAGAUUUAUGAGUGUGGUCCCCGACCACCACCAGCCCAAAGUUAUGGACGGCGUAAACAAUACCCAUUGGGUUUGGUCUUAGCUCCCACUAGAGAGUUGGCCACACAGAUAUACGACGAAGCCCGCAAGUUCGCUUAUAGGUCACGAAUGCGCCCAGCCGUUGUAUAUGGCGGUGCUAAUGUUACCGAACAAUUGCGCGAGCUCGAUCGUGGGUGUCAUUUACUCGUCGCCACUCCGGGUCGUCUUGCAGAUAUGCUCACUCGAGGAAAAAUUGGACUUCACAAUUGCCGGUACUUGGUACUGGAUGAAGCAGAUCGUAUGCUUGACAUGGGUUUCGAACCGCAGAUUCGCCGCAUCGUACAACAAGAUACGAUGCCUCCAACAGGGGAAAGACAAACUCUCAUGUUCUCCGCCACAUUUCCCAAAGAGAUUCAGAUGCUUGCUCGCGACUUUCUGGAUAAUUAUAUUUUCUUGGCUGUCGGCAGAGUCGGAUCUACCUCUGAAAAUAUUACUCAGAAGAUUGUCUGGGUUGGAGAAGAUGAGAAACGAUCUUAUCUUCUUGAUCUAUUACAAACGAGCAAUCUCAGUGAACCUUCUGCGGAGUCCCUGACCUUGGUGUUUGUUGAGACAAAAAAAGGUGCGGACGCGUUGGAAGAAUAUUUACACCAAGAAGGUUAUCCUGUAACUAGUAUUCACGGUGACAGGACCCAACGCGAACGUGAAGAUGCAUUACGUCGUUUCCGUGGCGGUGUAGCACCUAUUCUAGUUGCCACAGCAGUGGCUGCUCGAGGUCUUGAUAUCCCGCACGUCAAACACGUCAUAAAUUUCGAUUUGCCCGGUGAUGUUGAAGAAUAUGUACAUCGUAUCGGGCGUACAGGACGUAUGGGGAAUUUAGGUCUAGCGACAUCGUUUUUCAAUAGCAAAAACCAUAAUUUAGUACGAGAUCUCGUUCAACUCUUGAUAGAGGCUAAUCAGGAACUUCCUCCGUGGUUGGAAAAUAUGUCCACCGAAGUCAGACACUCCGGAGGUGGAAGUGGAGCACGAAGACCAGGCAGUACAAAGAGUGGCGGAGGUGGUCGUUUCAGUAGUGGAUUCGGAGCUCGAGAUUAUCGUCAACAACCUGGUGCAGGAUCCGCAAGAAACAACGGAUCGGGUAGGCCAGGAAACUACGGAGGAGGUUAUGGAGGAUAUGGAGGCAGCUACGCCAGUUCAUCGUACAACACCUCAUCAAACAAUGGUACUGGUGGAACAGAUUGGUGGGUCGGCAAGUAAAUGAAGACAAUGAUCACCUCUACCACCACCAUUAAUACAAUUAUUAAACACAAAUUCGAUUAUGUGUAACACAGACAUUGAUUCACUCUCUGUGCACUCCGCUCUAAACCUAAUCUCAAUACACCCACAUUACACACAUACACACAGAUCCCCACAUGCGAUGAUACACUGCGGUUAAAUUAUGAGAUAUAAAAAACCAUAUCGAGCAUUAGAAAAAAGAACAAAACCGAGAACAGGAUGAAAAGAACUAGUGGAAUUGAUUGAAACAAAUUGAUUGCUGAACGAAAACCUUGAGACUUGAGAUUGUCACUUUUUAAAUUUCAAAAUUGAAUUUCAUGAUGUGCUCCUUAGCUAAAAAAAUCUGCCAGUAUAUCUCAGACUCUGCGGUGACGAUCGUCGAUGGACACAAGUAGAAUAAUCAUUAUUAUUAUUAUUAAAAAAAAAUGAUUAAAAAAUAAUCGUUAUUACUAUUCCACAAUAACGAUGUAGGUGAAACCUUAGCGAAAAUUUUAGGACUCCUAUCGGGGCUACGGGGCUCGUUGAGGUUUAGUAAAUUAAAUUUUUCGCAUGAUUCGAAAAAUGUGCAAUAGACGCGUUAAAAAAAUUGAGAAAACAAAAAUUGUAAUAAUAACAACAAAAACCGUUAAUUGAACAUGAUGACUUUGACGUAUCUUUUGCACAUUAUUCAAAUUGCGUAUAACAUUACUAAUACAUACAAACAAAAAAUAAAAGAAAAAAAAACAGAAAUAAAAAAGUAAGUAAGUUCUAUAAUUAUUUUCAUUGAAUUUAUUAGUGAAAGGACGAAUGGUAUUUUGUUGUUUUGCCGUCCCCAAAAGACAACGCUACACACAAGUGGCACGGUGUAAGAUGAACGAUGAAUAGAAGAAAAACAAAGAAAGUGAACAACGCGUUAUUCUAUGGGCCAUUAAUAAAUUUAUUUCAAGAUUGAAGGAUAAUUAGUGAGCUGGAAAAACGUCUUGAAAUAUUUUUAGAAAUAUGAAAAAGAAAAACCUUUGUUGUGUUCUUGCCGCAAAUAUAUAGAUAUGUGUAUGUAUAUAUAAAAAUUUUGUAAUAUUUAAAAAGAAAAAGAAAGAAAGAAAUGAAAGUGGUAAUAGGUGCGCCUGGGCACCCCCCAGUGAUGAAUAUAAGAUAUACUAUAAUAUAAUAUGCGCAUCUUGAAAACUUUUUUACACUGAUGAACAACUAUCAAAAACAAAAUUAAAAGUAAAUUAUUUGCUCCUUUUUUUAUUCGUCAAUUUUUGUUUUGUUUAUACAUAGUGUUUAGCAAUUUCAAAUAAUAAGUUAUUAUAACAGGAGGUUUGAUGUAUUCAAGACUCUUUGUGGCAUUUUUCAUCAUCGGAACGCUAUUUUCUAAAUGUAAACAUGACGUCCUGCGUAAAAAUGGCCUUGACUGCGGAUAUAACACCUAAUUAAAAAAUAAGGAAAAGAAAUAUUGAAGUAAAAUGCAUAUGCAAUGAACAAAAAGAAAAAUAAAUGGCUACGACAGAAUACGCGUGGUAUGAUUGACAGAAAUUCGAGUUCCAAAAUGAAGGCGAAACAAAACUAAAAUAAAAUAACACGGUUGCAGUUACAGACGGGUUAAUAAAGUGAAAAACAAAAUAAUUAUAAUACUAAUAUUAAUAAUAAUAAUAAUAAUAACAUAAAUGGUAUAAUGUUAGGUUGCCGAUCAUGAGUCCCGUUAUAGGUACAUUAUUUGAAUUACAUGCCCUGAGCUCUAUGAGCAAAACUAGGCGGAUUCAUAUGCAUACAUAUAUAUAUAAUAUUUUAUAACUGUAUUUAUCAGUAUGCUACGCUGUAUACAAAAUAUAUGGUACAAGCGCUCAUAUACUGUUAAAAAAAAAGUAUGUGUGUAUGUAUCUGUAUUUGUAUAUACAUGUUAUAUAUAUUAUAUUAUAUUAUAUUAUCAUACAAUAAUCACUAAACAAUAUUAAUUAAUUUGCAUAAAUACAUUACAAUUUAAACAAAAAAAAACAACCUUACACAUAAAGAAAAAAAAACGACUGUGAUAUCGAACGAUCUUUGGGACAUUCAAUUUUCAUGCGAAAUGAUAAAUAGGUGAUGACGAUGAAGGUGAUGAUAAUGUCGAUGAACGAUUAACGAGGAAUAUAAUACACUAUCAAUGUGAAUUGAAUAAAUGAAUUUAUCGAUAUUGAAUGUCAGAUAAUAUCAGAUAUUAAAGUCGUUAAAAAAAUUCAUAAGUAAUCAACAAUUUGGCUGUUGUCCGAUCGGGGAGGGCUGAACGCUCUUGCGGUCCUAAAACCGUAUAUUUUAGGGCAUUGUUUCUACUUAAAUAAACAAGGAAAAGAGAAUGAAAAUAAAAGUAAAAGAAAUAAAAAUUGAAAAAACAAAAAUGCGCAUUGAUAAUAUAUGUUAUUAUUAUCAUUAACUAUACUGGUAGGGCUUUAUGAUAUACUAGAAAGAAAGUCGACUAUCUUUUCUGCGCUUCGUAAAAUGAAAAAAAAAGGAAACUAAAUGAAUGAAAACAAAUCUUAAAAUGCGUGGGAAAAAAUAAGUACAAAUUCGUUUUGCGUGACAAACCCCCCAACUGAUUAUAGUAAUUUCUUGCAACCUUUUGUCUCUACUGAUAUACAUAACAAUUACAAUUACCACAUACAUAUUAUAAUUAGAUAGUGCAAUUGCGUGCGUGAGAGGAUAUCAUUGUAUGCAGUGUGAGACCAUAAUAUGGACCAAUGUGUGAAUGAAUGCCUCUUCUCCGAGAGAACCAUAAUUAUUUCAAAAUAAUCUUACUACCAUGAAAAAUACAAAACCAGAGAAAUCUAAUGAUAAUAACAUUGCUUUGGACUUCUAAUCGCUUUGUGGCAAAACGGAAUUAGAAAAACGAUAAAAACAAAAAACGGUUUCCAAUCACCAAAUUUUUAAAACGAUUAUUCUAAAAAUUCAAUCUUCAAAUAUCAAUAUAUUGCUUGUAUUAUUAUAGCUCAAGGCCUUGCCACAUGAAAAAUGUCAAUAUCAAUCAUGGUAGUUUUUUUUUUCUAUUUCAAUCCAAAUCUACCACAAUUAGCUUGCUUAUCCGUAUAAUGUAGUUAUAUUUCUAUUUUACAGUAUUAGAUUGGCUUUCAUUACUUUUUCCCAAACAUAAUUUCAAUUGGAAUAAAAAAUAAGUUUACUGCAGCGCAGUCGAACGAUUCAAUACCGUAAGGUGUCACACAAUAUUUUUCCAAACUGCAAUAUUUAUUUAACAUUUGAAACUAAAAGUUGAUGAACAAUUUUAAAUAAUUUUUAGAUACACAGUCUGUUUUCGCUAAUAACACAUAAAAAUUGACAACUACAAACAAAAAUGAAAUGAAUAAAUGAAAUAAAACCAUAUUAUGUUGUGUGGCUCUAUAUGGAGGGACUAAUGAAGUGUGAACUGAGCCACUAUCAACCAAUCUAUUAUCAUCAAUGUUUCACAACAAAUAGGUAAUAAUAAUAAUAACCCCCCCUCCGUGUGAAUUAAAUUAUAUUAAAUAAUACAAUAUGAGUUUAAAUGUUAAGAAUAUUUAGGUGACUAGGUGAGAAAAAAAAUGAAGAAAAAUGGGAGAGAAAUAAUUAAUUAAAACCAUCCUAUUUAUUGAUUCUAUUUAGUAUUUAUUAUCAUCUUAUUGAUUUUUUUCUUUCUUAUUCGAUGAACGUUAACUUUUUUUUUGUAACUUCUGACAAAUGUACCUUUUUAUGUUGUGUUUAGUCCCCUUAAGCUUUAUCGGACGAGCAGCCUUUGAGAAACCGUGUAUACAAGAUUAAAUUAAAAUGUAAUGUAAUAAAAUAAAAUAAAGUCAAAAUGAUAAGAAAACGAAAGAAAAGAAGAGCCGCCGUAGGUGCAGAAAGGGCUAUGGAUAAUAAUUUUCACACGUAUAAAUAAUAUAAAAUAAAACAAUAUACAUGUAAAAUUAAAAAAGAGAAACAAAACAUGCAUGGACGAUGUUGACUGUGACUGCAAUCAUUUCUAAGAGAAUAGAUAAUUACAAACGAUUAUACUAAAUAUAUAUAUACAUAUUCCUAUAUAUAUGUAUAUAUGUAUUGAUAUAUAUAAUAUAAUAAAUAUUAUAUGUAAAAGAAACAUGUCAUACGCAUACUAAAUUCCAGUCUUAUUAAUCGAAACAAAAAAACGUACCAUUUAUCGCUGAAAAAUGUCAUUCAAGAAAUAAGUACGUGAUAAAACCAUUCAUAGUGUACACACAUUAAUUUAUGAACAAAAAAAAUAUAAUAUAAACUGAAUGAGUAUAUAAAUAAAUCAAUAGCGAAAAGUUAAAGAAUUUAUAUUGGACGGGAUGUCGAAAAUAUCUGUCGAGAGAAUGUAACACCUGAUUGCAUGGAAAAGGCGUUGUUCUUUAUGGAAGUAAAAACAAGCAUAUGUGAUUGAUUGAGAUUAGCGUACUUGUUUUUUCUCAAUGUUAGAGGAGAGCAAAAGUGUAUUGUUCGAUCGGUCUUGGAGUUUUAAUUGAACACUGUCGUAGAAAUAGUUUGUUUUAUUUUCAUUUCGAACAAAGCAUGACCAUCGCAAUAUCUAUCCCUAAUUUGUGAUGAUACCGAUAAAAUUUCUCAACGGUAUAAUGAAAUGAUAUACUGAUGCACCGACGAAUCUACCAUUCGAUCAGAAUUAAAAAGACCACAAAAAAAAACCCAAUAAGUAAUCACUCAACUUUACACAAUAUCUUAGUUAAAUUAAUUGUGAUGAGAAAUCUUGAAAAAGAGUUGAAAAGUUGCUGUACCAUUUGUGCUGGUAUUGAAUAUAAUAACGAUAAAAUGAAUAUAAUAUCCUAUACCUAAGAUACCUGAAGUACAGCAUACGUAAAAACUUGGUUUUUCUUUGCAUUUACAUUACGUGAGCACCCCUAUCCCGAUGAGGAAUAAUACUAACGGGUAUAGAAAUGAAAAAACAAACAAACGUGACUUCCGAAGAAAAAACUAUUAUAACUCAGUAUGAAUAUUAUUAUGGCAUACCUAUGUUCAAGAUUUGAUGAUGAUGAUGAUGAUGAGAUCAAACAUUGUUUGUUUGUAGUAUUAUGUGAGUUAUUACCUAUGUGAGGAGUGACAGAAUAUUAAUUAAAAGUACAUGAUACAAUAAAGAUUUGAAAAAAUGAUGAACAAA